UUUAAUACCUUGCCAGGCCAUGGCAAAGUGAGGUGCCUCUGACGUUUGGGCUGCCACAGCGUGUUUUUCAGUUACUCUGGUGACACCUGUGACCUGAGGGUGAUUCUGUUCCCGUUACCAACUCGCGCAGGUUGGGAGGCGCCAAUGAGAGCAGGGCUUGAAACUAGCGCUUGGCGUCUGAUGGUUGCCUAGCGACGGUCGUCGACGCUAAUCCUUGGCGGGACAGAUCCACAUCUGUUUUCUGGCUAACGAGAGGGCAGCCAUGAACACCCAAAGGGGUUCCCUUGCCGUGAACACCCAAAGGAGUUCACUCACCAUAAGCAUCCAAAGGGGUUCCCUCGCCAUGAGCAUCCAAAGGGGUUCCCUCGUCUCCCGGGAUGUGGAUAGCCCGGGGAAAGAUAUGCAGCUGCGGGUGAUCCCAGCUGAGGUGAAGUUCCUGGACACGAUGGCCGGGAGGGUGUACCGCCUUCCGAUUACUGUGCAUAAUCUUGGCCGCUGGAACCAGAAAAUCCGAUUUAAGGAGCCCAUCAAGCCACAGUUCAAACUGAUGUUGACCAGUCUGGAUAAAGAACUUGCUUCUGGCCUUCAGAUGACAGCUAUGGUGGAAUAUCAUCCUGAUAAAGAUGAAGACACUUUUGACCGACUACUUAUUUCAAUAGAAAAUAAAACAACAGAAAUUCCUCUAAUUGG